GGUUUUCCAGCUAAACAAGGAAGUCAACCUGACUCAUCAUGUCUUCUCUAUUUUCUUAAUGCUGUUUUGCCAUAUCAUCUUUUUUUUAGGCUCGUGGGAAAACUGUGCGUCUGUUAUUAUGGCGAUGUCAACGUUUCAAAAGGUGACCCUCGUGACGUGCCUCGUGCUGUGCGUGGCGCUGCUGCUUCCCAAGAUGCUGUUAUCCAGAGGAAGGAAGGAUGCUGCGGAGCGGCCGGAGGGUUCAGGUCGUUUCCCUCCCAUGAUGCACCGUCAGGCAGCUCCAGAGGGUCGAGGCCAGCGAGCUGCAGGGGCCGGCCUCUCCAGGGCCCAUAACACUGAGGCCAUAGCCAGGGCCAAAGGAGCAGGGACGGGAGCAGGAACUGGAGGCAAAUCUAACCUUGCAGGACAGAUCAUCCCCGUGUACGGCUUUGGGAUCUUACUGUACAUCCUUUACAUAUUAUUUAAGAUCACAUCUAAAGGGAGCAGCAAACCGUCAGACAGAAGGUUUCCUGCGGUUCGCUCUGAAAACACCAAGAGAAAGAUCACUGACUUUGAGCUGGCCCAGUUGCAGGAGAAACUGAGAGAGACGGAGCUCGUGAUGGAGAACAUCGUUUCCCACGCACACCAUAGACCUGACAGGAUGGCGGGAGUGACGGCAGACCAAGAGGAGAGUCUCCUGCAGCAGCUGACAGAGAUAACUCGGGUCAUGCAGGAAGGCCAGCUGGUGGAGGGGGUCCUGCCAGAGAAGAAGACCCAGGAAGCCUGGGACGAAUAUGAGGAACUCCAUCCAUACUGGGAGCACACCCACUGCUGCUGCCAGCACCGCCCAGCAGCAGCGUCCGAGGAAGAAAGAGCAGAAAAAGACGAGCAGACGGGAAACCUUCACGGUCCAGUAGCAGGAGAGGCCGAUGGAGCGGAGGGUCUGAGCACUGCGGCGGACACGGACGUGAUUCCAGAGGGACGCGUGCACGAGCAAGAAGAUCAGAGUGAGGAGCAACAAGCCGAGGUCCUGAAGGAGCUCGCGCUGGAUGCGACCUCCACGUCGGAGCAGCUGAUAGGAGCCUCCACCCCUGCAGCAGAAACAGAAACCUCCUGCAGCGCGGUCAGGCAGAGGAAGAGGAGAAGAGCGAAGAAAGCUGCACAGUGAGACAGAAGCUCAGAGGCCUGUUCGACGGGACGUUUAAAUCCGUUCUCACGAGGCCGGUCGCAUGAAAACUGGUGGUAGCAUGAAAAUAAAUCACCACCUCUGGUAAUCUGUACGAAAGUGUGCGGGGUAGUUUGAAAUUACUCGUAAUUCCAUUUUAAAUUACCCGAAAGCAGCAUUAAAACAAUCCAUUUAAUAAAAUGGCCCCACCGUAGAAACUCGAGGAUCAGUUUAUUGUCAUCAACGUCAAAUGUUCACAGGUUAGAACCUUUAUAUUCAAGUUCCCUAACCUGUUUAAAGUGAGUAGAAACUUCAGGUUUGUGCAGUAAAGACAUCAAUUUGUUUCCUCACGUGGUUUAUACAUGUGAUGGUGACAUGUGUGGUUUAACAUUUGAUAAUUUUUAAUCCGUUUAGGUCAAACAUGACGUUCAUUUUUUCUCCCUUCAUUCAACCAGUGAAGAAAAACAAAGAUGGCCACUGCUUGCUGAUCAUAACUGUCAGAAGUAAAAAAAAAAAAGCUUUACUGGUAAAAAGUAAAAGCUGCUGGUGGAAAAA